CCACCGCUACCUAACUCCCUAGGAACUGCAUCUUUUCCCCAACCCCUCUGGCUCCCAUCUCUCGUCUCUCCCCCUUUUCUGUCCCGACACGGCCUCGGACCAUCGCAAUGGCAAACCUACCCGACAACGUCCACGUCUCGCAACAUCCCUGCUUGCUCGCGAAGCUCAGCCAGCUGCGGUCACAGAGCACCCCUCCGAGGGAUGUCAAGGGCUUGAUACACGAUAUUGCUCUGAUCUUGGGCUGCGAGGCGCUUGCCAAGGAACUCAGCAGCACUCCAGGACCGACUGAUGUGACACCCCUCGGCUACGAGUUCCAAACCCACCAGCUCGCUCCCGGCAGCGUCUCCUUGGUUCCCAUCCUCCGAUCCGGCUUGGGCAUGAUCGAAGCGAUCCAAACCCUCCUCCCGAACCCCGUCCCCGUCCACCACCUCGGCCUGUACCGCGAGCCGGAGACGCUGCACCCGGUCGAGUACUACAACAACCUGCCGAACCACCUGACCGCCGGCGGCGGGUCCGGCUCCGGCCCCUCGGAGCUGGCCAUUGUCCUGGACCCGGUCAUCGCUACGGGCGGGACCUGCGCCGCCGCCAUCCAGACGCUGCGGGAGUGGGGCGCGAAGCGCAUCAUCGUGCUGUCCGUCCUCGGCGCCGCGUCGGGCGUCAAGGCGGCCGCCGCCGAGUGGCCUGCAGGCGUGGAGAUCUGGCUCGCCGGCGUCGACGAGGAGCUGACAGACCGCGGGAUGCUCAAGCCCGGGCUGGGCGAUGUGGGAGACAGGUUGUUCUUGACCAUUGGGAAGUGACCUUGGUUGUGCUUGGGGCGGGAUGGACUAUGGGCUGUGCUUGUCAACCAAGGCUCGGAUUGCGUGGCUCUGACACGAGAGAUCCCUCCUUACAGGCGAGGUAAGGGACAUC